AAUCAAAAUAUUGGUCUAGGGAAGAUAAAAAUAUCUUAACUUGGAGUGAGUUGCACUUGCACAGGGGAGGGGAGACUAGAGAGCAGAGGGCCUCUGGUCAAGUUGCAAUAUAAAAAAAUACCAAACUUUUUCUUUUCUUCUACACUACUUCGCCCACAAGGAACCCUUCCUUUUUCCAUCACUACUAAGUACUAACACUGAAACUUGUGCUUACUCUUGCAGCAAAGUGAAUAAUGGCUUCACUUUCCACCUUCCUCACACUCACUCUCUUCUUCCUCUCACACGUUAACGCCAAAGAAAUCGUCAUCACCGAAGAGGGUUACACCGUGACCACCGUAUUCGACGGCCACAAGCCUCACAUCUUCCCUUUCACCGUUCUCCAGCGACCCUUUUCCUCCGAUCUCAUCCUUCUCGAUUCCGUCAACAGCACUUUCUACACGGCGCAAUUCCCCAUUACAGAAGAAAGCGUUUUCACGAGGCUUUCUGGCGAUGGGUCUGUGGGGUAUUCUGAUGGGGACGUGGGUUCUGCUCGGUUCGCCAAACCCAGAAGCUUUGCUUUUGAUAUGAGAGGGAAUGUGUAUGUUGCUGAUAAGUCCAACCGUGCAAUAAGGAAAAUUAGUGCCAAGGGUGUGACCACGAUUGCUGGGGGAGAGUUCUCAGAAAAGUCAAGAACAAAGGAUGGGCCUGCACUUAAUGCAUCAUUUUCAAAUGAUUUUGACCUGACUUUCAUUCCUGGGCUGUGUGCUUUGCUCGUGUCAGAUCACAUGCAUAGAUUGGUCCGCCAGAUUAAUUUGAUGGAGGAGGAUUGCACCCUUGGUUCUAAACCUGGACUAGGCGCAGUUAUGACUUGGACUCUUGGAUUAGGACUUUCAUGCUUACUUGGCUUAGUAAUUGGAAUUGUGGUGCGUCCUUACAUCAUCCCUAAUAAAGGCACCAACCCUUGCCACUUCACCGAGACAUGGAAGCGUUACCUAACCAGUCUGGGGAAGCUAGCACAGACGCUCUUCUUCGGUGCCAAAAGCGCAAUUGCUAGCUGCAGUUGCUCCUCUGUUUACAAAAUCCUGAUGAGCUUUUGGAGAUUGAGUCUCUCUCAUCUUGUUUGCAUGUCUAGAAUUAGAAUCAACAUAGUUUCUCCAAGGCCACAUCUGGAAUCAGUGUCUUUGCUAGAUUUAGAUGCCUGCAAUAGCGGUGAGGUAACAAAGUCAGGUAAGUAUUAUGACCAAUUGAAGGAUUUGAUGAGUUUUGAUGAAGAUUCAAACAAUGGCAAGGCAACCUUUAACAAAGGAAAUGAUAGCAUAGGAAGGAGGAAUGUGUGCUAUGAAGGUGAUGUCAUGAUGAAGGCUAACAUGGGCUUUGUAGAGACACCUAAAGAUAACAAUAACAUUGUUCGUCAAGAAUCUUCUGUGUGUAAAAUGGGUAUUGUGAAGCGUAGAUGAAGUUAUUUGUAAGACAUGAACUAUGUUAUGAAACUAGCAUGCAUAUAUUUUGUCACCAGCAACCAUCUUUUUUGGCUUCUUUUGCUAUCUAAUAGUAUGUGUUUGGUUUA